AGGCUAUACUGGAUGUGUUCACGGUGUGAAAAGUGGUUCCACCCGAAAUGUCUGGACAGGGAUGAAGGAGAUUCGCCACACCCAUUUUAUUGUUCCAGUUGCCUAGACACCUACAUCGGCGGAUGACGUUACAUCGACAAUCUCACUGAUUGCGACUACGAUGAUGACGAUGGCCCGGAGGACGUUGAUAAAUACGCGAUAACGUCAAAAAAGUGCUUCGACAUGAUGCACAAGGCAUUCCAGAGGUGUUACCUCAUUCUGACAUCGAAGGUCGAACAAAGUGAUGUACCAUGGUUGAAGAGACACUGCAAAUUUGUGGCUGCUCCAACUUGUCCAGCCCGUUGCAUUGGAUUCGGGUUUGCAGUUUUUUCACAAGAGGCAAUUUUAGCAGUUGAGAAAAACAUCAGAAAAACAUUUGAAGAAAAUGGGGCUCAACCACUAAUCAACAUUCUGGCCUGCAGACAGCUAGCGAUUGACUUGAAGAAGAAAGAUAGUUUAGCAAAUAAAUACAUUGUAGAUGUGCUCAUCAAGGAGGCAUUAGUGGUUUUGAUGGAGCAGACAACGGGAUGGUCUUACAUCCAGUGUAAUCAAGCGCUGGAGAUGACCAUUUCUAGAAGCCUUAUGGACUCAUUCGACAUGGCCAUGAAUAGUCGAGCCAGCAUUAAGGAGAAGAUGACUGUGUGAAGGUGUUACCUCCUCAUGGCAGCCAGUGGUACACGAUCUGCGGCACCCCGUACGUCGGAACCACAUGAAGUACAUUGUCGCUAUAUGCAGCGUCUGCCUCCAGGGCCUCAUAAGGUUCCUUAACAACCUGUUGUCAGGGCCGUUGCCGGGGCACAAGCACCACCCAAAGAUACCCCAUUUGAAACAGAUGCAGAACUAGUCAUGCCUUUAUAACGACAUUGAACAGGGUUAUUCAAUGCCUUCUUUCAUACCCCUUUUUUUGUAAGGUUACUUUUCUAAAUACAGGUGAAGGUAGUCACUUUAAAAUAUUAAUUUUGUCUGUAUUUUGACAGAGCUUUAUUCUUUAAAUGUACAAACAUGUAUCUAUAGCUUUUAAUGAAAUAUUGUUCAGUUUUAUGUACAAACAUGUAUCUAUAGCUUUUAAUGAAAUAUUGUUCAGUUUUUUGUUCCAAAUAUAAGAUUGUUUAACUUGAAACUAAGGAAAAAUUUGAUAAAAGUACUUUCAUAGUUCAAUAAACAAUUAAGCCUUAUACCCUGUCCAAAAUAAGUUGUUUUUAUCUGACAGCUGUUGUUUAAAUAUAUUGGUAAGAAUUCUUAUAAAAUUCUUGCUUUGUUAUGUGCAGAGUGUUCAGGGCUGUGAAAAUCUACCAGUAUGACUGGUUUGUCUCCAGGUGCAUUUGUUUAUUUGCAGUAUUGUUCUUAAUAUUUGUCCAUGUCUGUAAGUUGCAGAAUGUGUAACAUUUAACUAUAAGAUCAUACGCUUGAAAGACAAAUUACAUUUUUAAUUCAGGAAUGCUUACAAUACAAAUCUAAAAUUGUGUUUGUUUUUUCCGCAGUCCUGCAUAUGUACUGUUUUAUUACUGUUUGUUAAUGGUGUUUUUGUAUGGUUAUUGGCCUUUUGUUGUGUUAAUUUCAAAUUUAUUUAAGACAUGUGCAUGAUGCUUUUUAUAAAAUUGUGGUAGAGGUAGCUAGUUGUUGCAGUGAGGGUCUGAACUUUGUUUAUGUGGUAGAGGUAGCUAGUUGUUGCAGUGAGGGUCUGAACUUUGUUUAUGUGGUAGAGGUAGCUAGUUGUUGCAGUGAGGGUCUGAACUUUGUUUAUGUGGUAGAGGUAGCUAGUUGUUGCAGUGAGGGUCUGAACUUUGUUUAUGCCAUUUGAAAGGAGUGUGUUCACAUAUCGAUGAUUUUUAUGCCACAUAUAUCAAACAUAAAAGAAUACUGUAUGAACGCAAGUUAAAUACAUGUAUAAAAUCAUUUAUAAAUAUACUGUUAAUAGAGCUACAGAUAAGCUGUAUAAUUAAGUAAAUGUGCAAUUAAAAUAGGUGGGUACGCAGUGCUUAAAAACAUGUGCGAACUAAAACGGAAAUAAAGUUGCUCAAACCAAAUUGGAAUUUAAGUAUCAAGAAAUACAUGUACAUGUUAGCAUGACGUCAAAUAUUGUAAGUUCAUUUUUUUUCAUUAGUUAUUUCUCUAUGAAGUUUUUUGCAAUAUUCCGACACACUUUCGUUUCUACUGAAUUGCAAAGGUAGCUUUAUUGCAUUUGGAUGAUAAAACAAACCUUACAUAUGUUUCAUAUUCCAACCACUUUGAACUUGUAUAGCCAAUAUCUGUGACAAAGCCCAUUCCUCGAGCAUUAAAUGUAUGUGACAGCCUUUUGUAUUAUGUAUUGUUUUUGUAUAAUUAAAGAUCUAUAAAUAAAUCAUUCAUAUAUGUUUGCUAUAGUGAAUCAAUGUUGUGUCUUGGUUAUGUAUUUUUAAGUAUGUCUUUCAAACUUUAAAAACGUAUUUGCUCAAUUAUUGCAAUGUUGUAAAACAUAAUGAUCGGAUGAUUGGUAACCGAAUAAAUAAUAAAACAUUGAGAA